AAUGUCUUUGUGUUAAUGUGUGUUAUUUCUCCUGUCCUCUCAGUCCUGUUCCCACGUCACACCAAUGCCAACGCCAGAGACAACACCAUCAACCUCAUCCACACCUUCAGGGACUACCUGCACUACCACAUAAAGUGCUCCAAGGCCUACAUCCACACACGUAUGAGGGCAAAGACUUCUGACUUCCUCAAGGUGUUGAACAGGGCUCGACCCGACGCUGAGAAGAAGGAGAUGAAGACCAUGUCGGGCAAGACGUUCUCCCGCUGAGGCUGGUCCACACGUGCACUCUGACCCCUGGACAUGCCCAAUCGUGCCACACUGAGACUCGACUCCACAUUGGACAGGAUCACAGGCCCCUAAAGCCCCGCCCAGCGCGUGUCCAUCCUGUGUCUUUUUUAAAUAAAGUUGUCUCUUAGUAGAAAUCGAGGCU